GCGCGUUCUGGUUUGUCCUGUCGCGUCGCGUCGCUCGUUUACUGUAUAAUGUAAAUGCCAAUAGAGGGGAAAUUGUAUCUGAAACUUUCACUCCUUGCCCCCGACUGUCACCGACAAACAACGUGGGACGCUGGAAUUUCUUAUACCACACCACAGACACUUUGCACUGUUUUUAUGCAUCGCCGCGUCACAAGUAACGUUAAAUCUCUCGUUUCGCGGAGCUAGAAAAUUUGUGCAGACUACUGACAGCGGUGAAGUAAACACUGCACUCUCACCCGCGGUUGAACACUCACUAAUGUCAUGCACUGUUCAAGAGCCUUUGCCAUCUGUGACACUCAGCGGACGUAAUAACAGCCAACAUGAAGCAGACUGGUACAGCCAGAACGCUUUGACUGUUCUAAAAGACUAAAACUUGUUGAAAUCCUUGUUAACAUGGAAGAGGCAGGCGCUGGGAACGGUCCUGGGACGCUGGGCACGGAGCUGGAGCUCUCUGAAGACGGAGGACUGGAUGAGGUGCAGAUGCAUCUCGCCUGCUUACCGGAGCGGUACAUGAGAGCCAAGUUCUCUCUCUCUGCGUACAUACUUUGUUUGACGCUAGUAAAGUUGUGUCAGAGAUUAAGACCGUCGCCAGUUCUUUCCCAGGCCCCAGCUUUAGAGGAGUCUGGUAGUGAGGCAGACUGUCUGGAUGAUGGGGAGUCUCCGCAGGAGGAGCAUGGAGAACAACAGGACCAUCAGGAAUGGUGUGAGCCGGUUCUUGAAGAAGCACAGGACACAAAAGAGGAAUAUUUUGACACACAGUCGUGGCCCAGUGACACUUUCUCUGAAUCGAGUCAUGAAACUAAGGACUGCUGCAGGACAGCGCUCAGCUAUGAGGUUGGAUCUUGCUCUGUGGGUCUUCUGGACUCACACUCUCCAUUUAUCAUACCAUCACCUUCGGUUAGAGGGAGAGAUCCCUCUUCAUUGAAACAGCAUCAUUCUGUCAGUCAUGCUGACUGUCUCUGUAGAACAGUGGAUAGAGAGCAAUUGCAAAUACACACUGGAAAUAUGGGGAUGAUGGACAUGGGAGUUGAUGGCACUGGAAUGUCUCAAGCUAAGGGUGCUCUGGGAUGUGAGGAGAUUUUUAGCAGUUUUCCCACGGAACCUGAAGUAGAUUCUUCUUCAAGGAAUGGUCAAUCCUAUGUAGUUAAACCUCUACUGGCAUUAGAGAACUCUGUGGAACCACAAACAAUCACUGUGCCAUGUGCUAAUGACUCAUUAUUGACCUUAACAGAUGGUGAUGGAGCCAAGUUUCAGUUCGCUAACACAUUUGAAGGAAAAUCGAAAUGUGAUCAAAUUAAUAAAAAUAUUACAAACACUCAGUCAGGACACAAUGAGCAGCAAAUACAGUUCAUAACCUCAAGUGAGAAACAGUUACAGCAAAAUUAUAUUGACAGUAGUAAAACUGAAAUACAGUUGAUUUCUAAUGCAUCUAGUAAAGAGGCCAAAUGUGUUGAUGAAAAUAAGAUCAGUUUAUCUAUAUCCCGUCAUCUUUUGGUAAAUGAGUCUGUAUCAGCUGAGAAGCCAACAAAACACAGCCAUUCACCGCCCUCAGUAGAGCACAUUAAAUCACAGGCCUCAGCAGAACAUAACCAAUCACAGAAUUUAGCAGAACACCGCAAAUUACAAGACUCAGCAGAACAUAGUCAGUCACAAGGUUAUGUAGAAUGGAGCCAAUCACAGAAUUCUGUAGAACACAGCCAAUCACAGGACACAGUGGAACAUAGCCAAUCAAAUAAUUAUGUAGAAUGGAGCCAAUCACAAGAUUUAGUGGAACCCAGACAAUCACAGAACUCCUUAGAACCCAGUAAACCACAUAUUUCAACAGAACACAGGCAAUUCCAGAAUUCAGUAGAAUGUAGCCAAUCACAGGAUUCCGUACAUCACAGGAAAUCACAGGAUUUAGCUGAACAAAACCAAUCACAGAAGUUCAUAGAGGACAGCCAAUCACAAACUUCAAUGAAACACAGCCAAUCACAGACUUCAGUAGAAGACACACAAUCACAAGUUGAUUUAAUUAUGGCAAAUUCAACAAACACCCAGUGGACAGUAACCGAGUCAGCUUUUUAUGAAAAGACACAAUUAAAACAGGACUGUGCAGACGUUUACAUGGAUUGUGAAGACAGUCAAUGCUUGAAAACUUCUGGAGGGCUUUCAUCAAAGGAUACUGACAAAGAACUUGAUUUGAACUUCAACAAGAAUAAUAGUCUAAAAUUAAAAAAACAGGUAAAAAAACAGGAGUGUUUCGCAGAUGAAAGAGCUUUCUCAAUUGUGCCUAAUGCAACUUCUGCUGGAGUGUCAGAGUCACUGCACCAGCGUGUGAUCAAUGAAUGGACCUCAGAACAGUCAGAUCUGCAGGCCAGACCUCAAUACGGUUACCCAGCAUGUCAAAUGCACAGGGAAAAAAAGGAUUACUCAGUUAGUAGUUAUCACAUGGACAGUCGUUGUUCAGAGGACACUGGGCAAACUUAUUCAGGGGACCAUGAUCCUGAAGGACAUUUUUAUGAAACCCAUCAGUGCACUAAAACUAAAACUUUUUAUACCAAUGAUGGUGACAUUUCAGAAGGAAUACAGAAGGAUAGCAAAACACAUCACAUUAUUAAAGGAUACCAGAAAGAAUGUACGAUAGUUCCCUCAAUAGAGCAGUCAGUAAUUUACUCUGGUAACGUUAUAGAAUAUACAGAGACCUCCGAACAAUUUCAAAGACCCGACACCCUGUCCGCCAAAAAAGCAAUGCAAAAUGAGUCAGUUGAAACAACUGAGCCGGAUGUUGAUAUUUGGUCUAGUGCAUGUACUGAUCUUUUCACAAAUGCUCGAUCUCCUUUGGACUAUUCCCAGCUGAACAGUAGAAACAUCGAAUACAGCUCAGACACAAAUAAUAAUAAUAAAGACAUUACUUUAGAAGAGUGUGACUCAGGUGAACAGAUCUCUUUGCCCAAUUCUUUGCAAAAAUACAGCAGGAUUACCAGCGAUGCUGGAUCUUUAAUCUCAAAAGGUGGUGAUUGCAAAGAUAGUGACUCUAGUAGCGUCCCUGUUAGUCAAGCCACUCUCUUUAAAGCACCUGUAAUGAGGACUGCAAUGAAUAGCAAAGAUAAUGUUGCUAAACCUACUAAAACCAAUGAAUGUAGUUGCCAUAGAAAUGUUAUAUUAAAGCAGCUCUGUGAUUGCUGUGGUGGAAAGGAUCGUCAGCUGCACUUGUCUGCACUGGAGGGAGAGCAGACAGCAGGAGGAUUUCAGCUCAAGGGCACAGGCGGCAUCAGUCAAAGCAGAACAGCAGUGUUCCAAUCCUUCAGUCCCUCACACACUGAAGACCAGUACAGCACACAUGGAGAGGUUAAUGCAGACUCCACAAACUGUGAAUUUUCGCAUAUUGGCCAUUUGCUUGUACACAAACAUCCGGAGCUCGUCCAAGAAAAGAGCAUAUUACCACUGGUUGGUGGCUCUCGUAAGGUCGAUGAUACUUAUGCAUUAGAAAAUAUGAAGAGAAAGCUCGACUCUUUCAAGGCAAAGUCUUCUGAAAGCACUGAUUCAGUAUGUGAAACCUCUGGUCUUUGUAAGCAAUCUUUGCAACUGCACAACCCAGAGUUCGAGGACGCAUUUGUUACAUGUUGCCGUAUUUUACCCAUCACUAAUUUAGAGGCCAUUUUGGAGUUGGACCGUUCACCAGAAAGCUCAUUUGUGGCUGAAAAUGGACUGGAGGAGCAACAGAGAGGAGGUCCAUUAUCAGAAGUUAGAUUCAGUGAGGAAUGGAGCUCUUGUGAUGAUGUCACAACCCACCCACAUGCGGACGUUUCUGCCAAGUGUAAAAAAGCCAAUGUAACCACUCUCAUAAGUAAACUAGACUGUGGAGAAACAAUGAGCUCUUUAUCAAACGGAUUUGAUAGCAGCGAUGGUUAUAGUGUUUCCAGUUUUGUGUCACAAGACCUUGACUCCAGUACCAACAGCGAAGAGACGGAGGACGGCACUCAGUCAUCAUCUAGUCUUCGUGGUUCUGCACGAAAUAAGACAACCCAAUCAGGGAAGAGCUCUGUGUUUUCAGUUUUUUCUCGACUCCCCUCAUUCCGCAAGAUCAAAUGGGAACACAAAGGCAAUAACAAGGUUGAUCCAGAAAUGAAGGACUCUAACGAGGAUGGAGAUGAACGGAAUGAGGUGAAGUACAUUAAGUCGCCCACGCAUAACAAAUCCAACCCUUUACAGUACAAGACCCCUAUUUCUCAUAGUACAGAUCAUCUUACAGACAUUACGAAAUUUGCUGACCACUCCAACGAUGAUAUUUUUGAAAAAGCUUUUUCUUUAAACUUGCACAAUAGAGGAAAAUAUGCACACUGUCAAAAUUUGUACCAGCGGCAACAGCACAAAGAUGGAGAUGAGCUGAAAUUGAAAACUUCCCCAACGGCAGAGGGACUGCAACAAAAAAGGAGCAAAAGUACAGACAACUUAAACUUGCGCAUGAAGCUCGCAAUAGCUCACAAGUCUCUGUCUAGCCUGUUUGAGCCCAGAUAUCCCGAGAGGGACACCCAGGAGCAGAUUUCACAGUCAGAAAAUGAAGAGGUAAAAACCAAGCAGUCCUGGAGGAAGAUGAAACGCUCUAAGGAAGCAGAACUUUACAAAAGAACUCAAUCUGUUCCUGGGACGACCUGUGACAAAUCCAUACAUCAGAGCCAUAUCGACUGUGCCUUGGGUGCUCCUCAGAACAGGUCCAGACUUAACACCUCGCCAGCUUCUCAAAAGAGUUUGAGGAACACGUGCCAUUCAGAUUCACAGAGUUUGAAAUCUGGAGCUCAGUCUGAAGAUAGUAAGUGUCUGGAAGGUUGCGAGCCGCCUUGUGCCCCUUACUCAGAUUCUGAGGUCUCGAUAGAUGGCUUUGAGGCCAGUGUUGAGGAUAGGUCGCAAUCACCUGUACACCCCACUGUUUUUACGCUCGCAAACCAGAUGUCACCUACCUGGACCAGAUCACUAAGCUGUUUUGAGACCACUGAUACUCCGACGAGGCCCAUGAGUCCCAAACCUCACAGUCCUGGUCAGGGCUGGACACACCGGAGGAGCUUCCGUUACCCCUCCAGAUCAGUUUCAUCUUCUCUCUGCUUGCUCGGUCAGGGAGUGAGCACUGACGGUCUCUCCGAUCCACCUCUGAGACCGAAGUCUCUGAAGCCGAGGACAGCACAACUCACUACAGCCCACUCUUUUGAUUCUGAGUGCUUACUGGAGGACAGCAGUUCAGACAGCCAGUCUCAAAACAGCCUGAAUUCAGCAUCCCCGAUCAACAAACCAGAGCAUGUACAGCACAGUACUGAGCCAGCCAUCCAGUCAGAAGAGAGAAGACAGCAAGGAAGUGCAUGUGUGCUUCGGGUGAAGUCCAGAGAGCAGGGUAAAGCUGCACCCAGACCCAUCUCUGACCUCUACAGUUGGACCGUGUCUCUUCAGGGCAUCCGAGAGGUGGCGCUCGACCUGGAGAGGAAGAACAAUUUGCCCCAAACACGUCGGCGCUCAUGCUCAUAUGAAACGCUGACUGAUGUGGAGAACACCUGUGAAAAGAAGUUUAACACGCAAAGUUUGCAUCAGCUUAGCACACCAACAUCUCAGAAGCACGAGAAAGUGCGUGCUAGACUGUCUUUCACUUCUCCAGAGCAGUUCCCCUCUGUUCCUCUCAAAGACCACAUCUUUUCCCAGAGCACACCUGUUGGACUAGACUUUUUGGGCUGGCCUCACCGAGCGUCAUUUUCAGAAUCGAAUCUCAGCACACCAGCACAAGACGCACAGGGCGCCCCUCUGGCCUUGGUGAUAACUGAUGGAGCGCAGGAUAAGUCUGGCCUUGUGGAUGAGGUGGGGAGUGAAGAUGACCUGUACAAUGAGUUUCGCAGCUCCUCCAACCGAUUCGGACACCCAGGAGGAGGAGGAGAGCAGCUGGCCAUAAAUGAGCUGAUCAGUGAUGGCAGUGUGUGUGCCGAGGCUCUAUGGGACCAUGUCACCAUGGACGACCAAGAGCUGGGCUUCAAAGCUGGAGACGUCAUCGAAGUAGUGGACGCCACAAACAAGGAGUGGUGGUGGGGCCGGGUGCUGGACAGCGAGGGCUGGUUCCCCGCCAGCUUCGUUCGGUUACGGGUGAAUCAAGAUGAGCCCAUGGAUGAAUACUUAGCCCAUCUGGACGUUGCCUCGGAAGGGGGUGGGGCCAGCAUGGGGGACCCCUUAGGGCCCGGUCUGCCCUGCAAGGAGCAGAUGAGAGCCAACGUCAUCAAUGAGAUCAUGAGCACAGAGAGGGAUUACAUCAAACACCUAAAGGACAUCUGUGAGGGCUAUAUAAAACAGUGUCGGAAGAGGACAGACAUGUUUACAGAGGAGCAACUGCGCACUAUCUUUGGGAACAUUGAUGAGCUCUACCGCUUCCAGAAGAAGUUCCUCAAAGCCUUGGAGAAGAAAUUUAACAAAGACCACCCUCACCUCAGCGAGAUUGGCUCCUGCUUCUUAGAGCAGCAAACAAACUUCCAGAUCUACUCCGAGUAUUGCAACAACCACCCCAAUGCCUGCGUGCAGAUCUCCAAACUGAUGAAGAUCAAGAAGUACGUGUUCUUCUUUGAGGCAUGUCGUCUGCUCCAGAAGAUGAUCGACAUUUCCUUGGAUGGAUUCUUGCUUACUCCUGUUCAGAAGAUCUGCAAGUAUCCCCUGCAGCUGGCUGAACUGCUGAAGUACACCAACCCACAGCACAGAGAUUAUAAGGAUGUGGAAGCUGCCUUAAACGCAAUGAAGAACGUGGCCCGACUGAUCAAUGAGAGAAAGAGGCGUCUGGAGAAUAUUGACAAAAUUGCUCAGUGGCAGAGCUCCAUAGAGGACUGGGAGGGCGAAGACAUCUUGAGCAGGAGCUCCGAUCUGAUUUUCUCAGGAGACCUGACCAAGAUCUCCCAGCCACAGGCCAAGGGCCAGCAGCGAAUGUUCUUUCUCUUUGACCACCAACUGGUUUUCUGUAAAAAGGAUCUGCUUCGGAGGGACAUGCUGUACUACAAGGGGCGAUUAGACAUGGAUCAGAUGCAAGUGGUGGAUGUAGAGGACGGGAAGGAUAAGGACUUUAACGCGAGUGUAAAGAAUGCCUUGAAAUUAUGUUCUCCUGGGGGAGAGGAGGUCCACCUACUGUGUGCCAAGAAACCCGAGCAGAAGCAGCGCUGGCUGCGAGCCUUUGCAGACGAACGGGAACAGGUCCAGCAUGACCUCGAGACAGGUUUUACGAUCACAGAUGUCCAGAAGAAGCAGGCCAUGCUGAAUGCAUCUAAAAGUCACCCAACAGGGAAGCCCAAAGCUGUGACCAGGCCCUACUAUGACUUCCUGCUGCGUCAGAAGCACCCAAAUCUUCCCACCUCCCUGCCCCAGCAGCAGGUCAUCAUGCUGGCCGAACCCAAACGCAAGACCUCCAAUUUCUGGCACAAUAUCGGACGCUUGACACCGUUCAAAAAAUGAAAGACUCGGUACAUUUGCGCUUGUGCCUGAACUCGCGUUUUUAUCCCCUGUGUGACGUUUAUUUUUAUUGUCCUAUUGCGAAAGCACUUUAUGGGUUGGUUACAAUCAUGGCAUCGCUCCCAAACGUUGCGGAAUCUCGUGGGAGGGCAUUCCUGCUAUGUUACGAUUAACGUUGAAAAAGACAGCUACUACUGCUCUACCGCUCCACUUUCCGGCGCGAACACGACUACUGCUGCAAGUCAUCAUACGGACACACUUUCCCGAAAGAGCCCUGCUUGAAGAGAGGACUUCUUUUUACGUUGGUUAAUUUAUUUUCACGUUUUCAAUGUAUGCCAGCUAUCCACAGUGCCCAACUACUAGCUUUUGUAUGUAAUUUGAUACUUUUGUGUAACCCGUGAUGAUAUUUCAAGUUUCAAAGGGUUCUGCACAAGAUAAAACUAGACCGUGUUGAGAUUUCUUACUGUAUUAACUUCCUGAGGGCUGGCACUCGAAGUCCGUCGAUAUCACGUCAGUCGGUGUAAGCAACUAUCAACUUCUCCCAACUUUCUCUUCAUUGAAGCCUCCAAAAUGACUCUUAGAUGACAUCCUGUUUCAGAUGAGUGUUUCAUGUAUGUGCGCAAUUGAUUCUUCUCCCUAAUGACUCCUCUGUAACGAACUUCACUUGAAGUGCCAUUCCAAACCUAACCCGGACAUUGUGACGGGGGAUGCAUGAAUUUGCUGUGAAACUCAACAUUUUCAACCAAAUUCUCAAUAUUCUUUGAUUCUGAUAAAUAAUGGUACUAUUAAAUUAAAGAGUAUGUUUGACAGGUGUCAACUAUGUAUAAUAAUCUUUGACCACAAAACAAAUUCUGUUAAUAAAAAGCAUUUGUAAGUGUU